UUUUUUAUCUCCAUUCUUUAGGUAUCCAGCUGCCUAAGGAAGAUGAAAUCUCAGUACCCAUGAUAUCUGAUUCCCCAUCUAAGGAUGCCGGAGAGAAUGAGGAUCUCGCCAUCGAAGAGGAAGAGAAGAUCAAAGAGGAACCUUUAACUAUCUCAGAACUGGUGUACAACCCAAGUGCCAGCUUGCUGCCCACUCCAGUUGAUGAUAAUGAGAUAGACAUGCUCUUUGACACCCCGUUAAGAGCAGAGAAUGAGAGAGAAGAUACAGAUUCAUUUGAGGAACUGGAAGUGGAUGAAAAUGCAUUCUUGGUUGCUGAGGAAGAGGAACUGAAAGAAGCCCGUAGAGCACUUAGGUGUAGUUAUGAAUUUCUAAUGAGCAACAUACAGGUAAACGCCUUUGUGAAGAGUUUCUCCAGGCUUCUUUUUGUAGGCCUUGGACUAUUGUUGUUUGUGUUCCCACUCCUCCUUGUCCUCCUGGAGUCGGACCUUGAUAUCUCCUUUCUUCAUGAAAUCCGUCAGACGCCAGAGUUCCAGCAGUUUCACAUUGAAUAUUACUGUCCUCUUAGGCAGUGGGUGGCUUGCAAAAUAAACUUCAUUCGUGACAUGCUGGGAAGUUCUUAAACGUUAAAGAAAUAUGAUACAACUAAGGGCUAUAUUCAAAAUUUCAGUUAGCACUAGCUUCUCAAUGCCCAUGGGGCCAUCAUCAGGUAGCUACCUUCAAUUUCAAACCAUUAUAGACUGUUCAAGAUUUAACAUUUGUUUUUCAUACUUAAAUAGUUGCUUUAGUUACAGGCUUAUCUGGUGGCCUUUAAAUAACCACAAAGAGGUCUUAUUUUUAUUGCAUUGUUGACUUCCUGCUCAUCUAUUGUAUCAGACAAGACUGGGUGGUACUAGGAUUUAUUUGUAACAUUACAAGCCAUGAUAUUCUGAAUCUUAGUGAUAGCAGAGCCGAGAAGAAAUGUUUUUGAAUAUACUCCUUAGUGGUGUAACAGUUUUUUCUAACCAAUGCCUAUAUCAGCAAUGUUUAUGCUGGGUUUUUUGUUUGUUUUUUGUUUUUAUAUUUUGUGUUUAAAAUAUUUUGGUAAAUUUUUAGCAAAAUAUGACUUCUGACAUUAUUUAAAUGUACAGAUUGGUAAAAUUAAUGCACAAGGGCACGUAGGGGAUUUUUUAAAGUUUUACCAAUCAUUUUUUAAAAAUAUUUUGGCUGGACAAUUGAGUUUAUUAUAACUAUAUAAAAGAUGGCCUACAGUUUGG